CAGACAAAAAACUAAAUAUCUUUCAGAGUUUACUUCGAUGAAGCUUGGAUUAUCAUCAGUUUCUGUGAUGAGUCUCCUAAUAAUCACUACCAUUUCUUUGUUGAUCCAUACCUCUCAAGCCUCACCCAGACCGUACGACUAUUUAAAGGGACACAAUGACGCUCGGGCUAACGUCGGUGUUUCUCCUCUUGUAUGGAACGAAACGGUUGCUGAUUAUGCAAGAGAUUACGCUAAUGAGAGAGCAGCUGACUGCAAUCUCAUCCACUCUGGAGGACCAUAUGGUGAGAAUAUAGCAAUGGGUUCUAGUGGUUGGCCAUUCCCUGUAAAAUAUGCGGUAGUAAUGUGGGUAUCGGAGGAGAAUGAUUAUGACUAUGCGUCAAACUCAUGCCGGUCGGAUAAAGCAUGUUUGCAUUACACACAAGUCGUCUGGCGUAACACUAUGUAUCUAGGUUGUGCUAAAGUGAUUUGCGAUAAUGGUGGUACCUUUAUCACUUGUAGCUACGAUCCUCCAGGAAACUAUAAUGGAGAACGCCCUUAUUAGAUUCUCUGAGUUUUGUACGUCGCAUGGUCGUUGGGUAUUACUAUUAGGAUCUUGGAAUAUCUUUGCAGUCUGGUUAAUUAUGCUCAAAUUUUAGGAAGAGACAAGAACUUUACUUUGGAGCUUUCACUGAAAUACUUAAACAACUUAAACUUCUCAAUGAGUAUUGUCCGACUGUUCUAUGAAAUUUAUA